AGAGACGCAACAAUAAAUGAAAAUCAAUCAAAUCCGUAGGUCAAAUCAAUAUAAUUUUCUCAAAUAAUAAAUAGUUUAUUGCUGAUUAUUAUUUAAAUAAAUGCUUUAAUAAGCUUAUUAUCUUAGUAUUAUUUAUUAGCACUACUUACAAUUAUGAUUAAGGCAAUUCUAGUGUUCAAUAACCAUGGAAAACCACGGCUAUCGAAGUUUUAUCAAUAUUUUAAUGAAGACAUGCAGCAACAGAUAAUAAAAGAGACAUUCCAAUUGGUCUCCAAGAGGGAUGACAAUGUGUGCAAUUUCCUUGAGGGUGGUAGCCUCAUCGGAGGGUCGGACUAUAAGCUCAUCUAUCGACACUAUGCCACGUUAUAUUUUGUGUUCUGUGUGGACUCCUCUGAGAGUGAGCUGGGCAUCUUAGAUCUAAUACAGGUAUUCGUAGAGACAUUAGACAAAUGCUUUGAGAAUGUGUGCGAGUUGGACCUGAUCUUCCACGCGGACGCGGCGCACCAGGUGCUGGACGAGCUCGUGAUGGGCGGCAUGGUGUUGCAGACCAACAUGGCCGACAUACUGUGUCGGUUGCAAGAGCAGAAUAAAAUGCAGAAGGCUGAGGCGGGUAUAUCGGCGGCGCCGGCGCGCGCGGUGUCGGCGGUGAAGAGCAUGAACCUGCCCGCGCUGCGCGACAUGCGGCUGCCCGACCUGCCGCAAGCCAUCAAGGAUUUGAAAUUCUGACCGCUGCAGCAAGGCGCUCUCCCCGCCACGCCAGUCGCCAUUGCCACAAACAUUAUAAACACAAUUUACCCUCAGAACGACAAAUAUCAGAACCUAAAACAGGAAAACUUAUCGAAAUUCUUCGGUUCCGAGACAUUAAGCACGAAAUUCUCCGAGACGUUCUCUGAAAAUUACCAACAAACUGAGGGGAUCAAUUUUCCGAAUUAUGAAAGCCAAAAGUCUGAUGGUUAUCAAGAUUUGAGCGGUAACAUCGUGGAAUACGAUUAUUCGCAAGUGAAGAAUAGGAAGAAGAAGAAGAAACGCGGUAAAACGAAUCCGCAGUGAAAUGUUGCAAUUUUUUUUUCUCCAAUGUAACGAUAAAAAUAAACUAAUUUGUGUGAAGUCAGUAUAACACUUGGAUUUGAUUAAACAACGAUAGACUAGGAUCAAAAGGCUAUGUUUAAAAAAAUAUUAUUAAAAAAUCUACCUUCAAGAUGAAAUAGGGGGUGAAAAUUGUAUGAAAAAUACAGAACAUAUUUUUUUGGCGUCAGAAAAUUGUGCUAAACGUAUGCGUAUGCUUAUACUAUAUAUAUAUAUACUUUUAAAUAUGUUAGAAUAAAAAAAAUUUAACGUAAAGGAAACAGUACCAAUGUUGGUGCUGUAUCAGAAUGUAUUAUUUAUAUAGAAUUAGCCUUCAGAAACAAUAAUGUGUGAUGACAGUUCCAUUCUGUCGCCGAAUUCGGACACACGCCGGCGCGAACGCGUGAACAUUGCGUAAUUAGUAUGAGUGUUUUUAUUUACUGCAAUGAAAAACCAGAAAUGUAUACUGAAUCCGCCAAAGUUUGGCGAACUGGUCGCGGAUAGUGUAGAGCCGGCGAUAUAGACGUAUAUCUCUCUUUUUCAUCUCCCCGUGUACCGGUUUCUUUUGGGGUUGAGACGCCCUGAAGCCCGUGGUCUGCUAUUAUCCUUUGUACGGCUGGUCUGUAAAUCUGUUUAUAUACUUUUUAGAAUUAAUUUGCAAUAUUAUUGGAUAUUAAAAGUGAUAGUGUAUUUGAAUAACAUUCCUUCCUUAGAAUUUAUUUGUAUAAAAAAAGUUUUGCGACGAAGCGUGGCAAUUUAAUUAGCUAACAUGUUACUUAGGUGUUUGUAAUGAAAUAUUAUUUCUAGUUUAAUCUAAACACAAGAUUUCGGUUACAAAUAAUCAGUACUAACAUUAUUUUUACAUAAUAAUCGAUAUUGUAAAUUAGAUUAAGAAAUAUAUUUUACGUUAUCUCAUUA